UGGGAAUGGCGCGCUUGCAUGAUGCGAUAAAUCCGAUAGAUCCAUAAACAAUUUUAAAAGUUCGUGAGAAAAACCGUAAAAUCUUUUAAAAACCCAGCCUGUUUCGCAGUUAUUUCUUCACCAAUGGCUCUUUGGGUAGAUCGUUAUCGUCCGCGGGAGCUGGCCAAGCUGGAUUACCACAAAACCCAGGCGCAACAUCUGAUAAAUCUAUGCUCCCAAGGUGAUUUCCCGCAUCUGAUGUUUUAUGGUCCUUCCGGUGCCGGUAAGAAAACCCGCAUCAUGUGUCUGCUGCGGGAACUGUAUGGCACCGGCGUCGAACGGCUGCGGAAUGAGAUCAUGAAUUUCACCACACCCUCGAACCGGAAGGUAGAGAUAAUGACGGUCAGCAGUAAUUAUCACAUCGAGGUGAACCCGUCCGAUGCCGGCAUCUACGAUCGUGUGGUCAUCACCGAUAUGAUCAAGCAGAUCGCCCAAACUCAGCAGAUCGACCCUAGUGGACAGCGUGAGUUUAAAACGAUUGUUCUGUCCGAGGUUGACGAACUAACCAAGGAUGCUCAACAUGCUUUGAGACGAACGAUGGAAAAGUAUGUGGCCACAUGUCGGUUGAUUCUAUGCGUUAAUUCAACUUCCCGGGUCAUUCCGGCAGUCAAAAGUCGUUGCCUGGGGAUUAGGGUAUCGGCUCCCAGCAACGAAGAAAUUAUUAGUAUUCUUAAUCACAUCUGCAAAAAGGAGGGUCUUCACAUUCCGUCGGAAUUGGCCACUCGUAUCGCACAGAAAUCCGAACGAAACCUUCGUCGGGCUAUUCUGAUGUUGGAGGCUUGCAAAGUUCAACAGUAUCCUUUCACGGUGAACCAGGACGUCCCGGAAAUCGAUUGGCAGGUGUUUUUGCGGGAGACCGCCAACCAGAUUGUGCAGGAGCAAAGCCCCCAGAAAUUGGAAGCGGUGCGGGAGCGUUUGUACGAGCUUCUCUCCCAGGGCGUCCCCUCCGAUAUCAUCUUCCGGGGAUUGGUUGAAAGUCUGGUGAAGAAUUGCGACAUGAGCCUGAAGACGCAAACACUCAACUUUGCCGCACUGUACGAGUAUAAGAUGCAGCAGGGAAGCAAGCACAUCUUUCAUCUGGAAGCGUUCGUAGCGCAGUUUAUGGCUCUGUAUAAGAAGUUCUUGAACCAAGCGUCGGUUAUGGAUAUGGACGACUUUUGAUUUCGUUUUGUAUGUUCUUUAAUAUUGUAAUGUUUCAAUAAAGCUAUUGUAUAAGAGAUUAAA